AUGGCAGAGGAGAAGCACCAGCUCCACGACAUGGAGAACGGCUCAGCUGCAGCCGUGAAGAAGCGAGACGGCGAGCGGCCCUCUGGUGCCUACGAGCGGGUGAUCCAGCCAUGUGUGGCUGAGCUGGUGGGCACAGCCUUCUUCGUGUUUGUCGGCUGCGUGUCGGUGAUUGAGAACGUGGAGGCUGCGGGGAGGCUGCAGCCCGCCCUGGCACACGGCCUCGCGGUGGCCGUCCUGGUGGCAUGCAUGGCAGAAGUCAGUGGUGCCCAUUUUAACCCACCUUUCACCAUGGCGGUGUACCUAUGCGGGGGCAUCCAGAUGAAGAUGGUGGUGCCAUACAUUGUGUGCCAGCUGAUUGGGGGAGUGUUGGGGGCAGCAAUGUCCAGGGUGAUGACAUCAGGGGAACACUAUGCCAGCGCGCAGGGCGCAGCGUUUGCUGUGGUCCAAUCAGAGGAGCAGCUGAUGGCAGCCAUCUUUGGAGAGGUGGCCAUGACGUGUCUGGUCACCACAGUGGUGCUGAUGAGUGCAGUCAACACCAAGAGCAAGAGCCCCAUGGCACCCUUCCUGAUUGGCUGCACUGUCAUUGUCAACAUCUUAGCAGGAGCUGAUGUGUCAGGAGCCUGCCUGAACCCUGCCAGGGCGCUGGGCCCCGCGCUGAUGAUGGGCUACUGGAGGUACCACUGGGUGUACUGGGUGGGUCCUCUCUCUGGAGGUCUGGUGGCUACAGUGUUAGUGAGGCUUCUGCUUGGGGACCGGAAGCUGCGUGUCAUCCUAAAAUAA